AUGCAGAGGUCACCUGAUGAGCAGGGAACCCUCCGCCGACGGUCUCUAAGAAGUCCAACCAAGGCUGCGACGGGAUCCAAAGAUCUUCUUGCGUUCGAGGAUUUACCGCACUGGCAUCAAGACAACGAAUACAUCCUUCAUGGCUAUCGCCCGAUUUCAGGCUCGGCUCGAGUAUCAUUUGGCAGUUUGUCAUACAUCCACAAUGAGUCGGUCAACAUCUACUCGCACCUAAUACCAGCCGUCGCCUUUCUCCUCGGCGAGUGGUAUAUUCAGCAGUAUUUGACAAGUAAAUACUCCAAUGUCACUGUGGCUGAUGGCUUCAUUUUUGCCUUCUUCCUUUUGACCGCCACUACCUGCCUGGGACUGUCGACGACAUACCAUACCUUGAUGAAUCACUCCCACGAGAUUGAACAACUAUGGCUGCGGCUUGACCUGAUUGGCAUAGUAGUCUUGACGAUCGGGGAUUUUGUAUCGGGGAUAUACAUGGUCUUCUGGUGCGAGCCUGUGCAGCGCAAAGUCUAUUGGUCCAUGAUCGGGGUUCUCGGACUGCUUACCAUCUUCAUCAUGAUAAGUCCCAGGUUUCGGGGCCCGGAAUUUCGCACUUUCCGGGCCCUGACGUUCGUGGCGACGGGCCUCUCUGGCUUCGCGCCAUUGAUACAUGGGAUCAAGAUGUUUGGCCUCUCGCAAAUGAUGAUUCAAUCUGGAAUGCCCUAUUAUCUGAUCGAGGGAGCCUUCCUGCUGAUGGGCGCAUUGGUUUAUGCGACCAAGUUUCCCGAGAGUCGAUUCCCAGGUCGAUUCGACAUAUACGGGUCCUCCCAUCAGCUCUUUCAUAUAUUGGUCGUUUUCGCUGCCGUGACGCAGCUGGUGGGGAUACUCAGUGCUUUUGACUACAAUCACCUGCAUCGAACAUGCUCAUAG